AUGUCGGUGAACGAUCAGCCCCCCUCUGCGGACACGACUAUCUCCCAACUCGCGAACCAGCCCUUUGCAUCUGAUCUCGAAGCUCUUGACCAACGAUUGAAGCGUCUCUCCGACGACGUCCUUCCCCCUCACCCUUACCUCCUCACCCUCCCUACGAAUGCGCCUUUCCGCCUGGGAUCCCGUGCCGCGAACAAUUGGGCAGUAGGGCAUGACCGUCCAUUCAGCCCAGAGGAGCAAGAACUUCAAUACAUGACAUUUUUGAGACACCACGACACAGACUCGCUACUUGUAGCCGUGGGAGAUUGGUCAGACGAGUCGGGGCGCAUGAUGGCUGACCAGUCUUCGGCCCCGAGCACAACAGAGACCCCCAAAGAAACGGUAGCUAAGAAGAAGAUCAGUCUGAAGGACUACAAACACCAAAAGACCGCCGCGCCGGUCGCGUCCUCCACAGGUCACGAUAAGCGAAUGCGCGACGGCUCAAACUCCAAGCGCGAAGUAACCCAACCUGCUCCCAAGCCCGACUCCCCAAAGAAAAGCGAUAAGACCGACCUGCCUCCGACAUCCAUAUCACAUUUACGCCUUUCUCCUUCCAAGGGCCCUAAGAAACGGCCCUCGACGUCUGACCUAGACUACCUCGGCUCUGAGCCGGCCGUGAGCUACGACAUGCAUUCUCCUAAGAAACCGCGACUAUCCCCCGAGAAGGAUACUCGCACGGAAGCUACUUUGAAGAAGUCACAAUCUCCAAGGCUGCCCGCACUCUUGUCACCUACUCUCCCUCCGACGAAACUUCCUCCCUCCUCGACUCCCCCCGCAGCUAAAUUGCCGCGGUUGCUCUCCCCUACACUACCGCCGGAUCUCGAGAAGGAGCUGGCAAGAUUCGAGGAACGUUCUCCAGCCCGGCACUCGCCUAAACGCGACAUUGCAGCAACCAAAGGAAAGCGGGAUGAUGCACCUCAUUCUCGAACCCCAAUUUCCACGAACAGCGGCAGCAACUCAAGUUUCCAGAACAACCGCGCCGGAACUUCAUUGAAAGACUCUCAUUCCUCAAAGCAACAUUGCAUCGUCAAACUGCGGUAUGGCAAGGCAAAUCGCCGACGAGUCGAAGGCCUUCUCAAAUUUUCCGGUAAAAGGAAAGCAUAUCGGUCCGAUUCGCCGCUUGGUCAGGAUACGGACCAUGAAGACGCAUCCCAUCUUGAAAGGAGAAAAGACGCCAGCUCAUCUCGCGGCCCUGUUGCAUCUGAUAGGCCAAAACAAAAGACGAACCCCGAGCCAGAAGCAUCGAUGGGUCCUACAGGUGGCAGUCUCAAGGAACGCAAAGGUUCUGCCGAACAGCCUCUUACGCCAGCCUCCAAUUCCUUCCCAUCCAAGAGCGACAGACCCAAGUCAACUACCUCAACUCCGGUUAAGGACCCUAAGGCCUCCAUUUCACGCCGAGUUGAUACUGGUGAGAUCGGCGGCAAGACCCCCGUGAACCCGUCGAACAAACGUCACUCGGUUGACCCGGGAUCGAAAGAGUCGCCUUCCCAGCCAGAAAGCCGUCCUCGUAAUAACGAGCGUCGAGCCUGGCGUGAUGACUUCCAGAAGUUCAGCAACACCGGUCGAGAAUUGAAACAUGCCUCGGAACGGUCCAGAACCAAGACCGGAGCCUCGGCCACAGACGAGAAACUGGCUUUGGUGACUGCAAUCGAGGCCAUCAUGUGUUUCAUCCUUGCCUUUGUGGCCGACGAUCAAUCCAAGGCUCUUGUGCGGCAGGGCGGGGAUUCUUCUGCUUGGGUGUCCAUCCUGGCAUACUGGCGAGUGGUCCGGAAUUACAGCAACUCAUAUCCCGUCCUGCACGGUCUUUGUCUUCUUUUGGGUGCCGUAUCUUACGAUGCCAUCCACGCACUAGAUCUCGAACGUCUUGCAGUUAGCCCAUUACCGGGCGAGCACACCCCGGUGCCCACUCCCGGCAGCGAUGGCAAUACUGUUUUAUCGGACGAGAACAAGAAAAGCCGAAAGGAGUUCCUCGAGCUGAGAACUCGACUUCUCGAGUGCUACCGAGAAUCGCAGAAGCUAUGGCUAGAGGGAACACGGGUUCUCUCUGAAGACGUUCUUCAUCAGGAAUUUCCCGCCACUUGGUCUCAUCGGUCUCACAAUCAUGCAGAACGAGGCAAAAUAGCACUCAAAGCUGGGGACUACGCCGGUGAUUAUUUUCUUCCCUUUGGUGGCACGACCCCACCCGUCGAAGUGGUGCGUUUCGGUUAUUCAUUGCUCAAGGAGUGGUGCAUGCAACAAGAUGUGACGUGGAAGCGGCGCCUGUCUCUUUAA